CCGUAUAUGCCCCUAUGUCAGCAAAUUCCCUCUCUGCUCCUCUCCCCUCCUCACCCUCCUCCGCAGCCGACGUCGGCCUCGGCUACGGAAUCGCCAUCGCCGUCGGCCUCCUCGUCCUCGUCUCCACCAUAAUGCUCGCCUCGUACGUCUGCGUCCGCGUCAAGGGCAGCGGCGAUGGCCCCCGCUCCUCCGCUGCCUCCUCCUCCUCCCCCUCCGCCGCCGCCCACGGCGACUCCUCCGACGGUGGAAACCCCUCCGAUGCUGCCGCCUUCGUGGGGGUGGGCCUGGACGGGCCCGCCAUUGAGGCCUACUACCCCAAGUUCGUCCAUAAAUUUGGCGGCGGGGCGGCGGCGCCGGCGGGGCCGUGCCCGAUAUGCCUGGCGGAGUAUGAGGGCGGGGAGGCGCUGCGGCGGGUGCCGGAGUGCGGCCACUGCUUCCAUGCAGCCUGCGUCGACGAGUGGCUCCGCGUGAGCGCCACGUGUCCCCUCUGCCGGAGCUCGCCGGUGCCGUCCGUGGCGGCGACGCCGGUGGCCACGCCGCUCUCGGAGCUCAUCCCGCUCGCGGUCCACGCCAGGUGAUCUCGGCGGCCGUUUCCGUUGGCUUGGAGAUCGUUUACUUAAUGCGCUGUCGCUGUUUCUAUUCUUUUAUAUCUAUUAUAUUUAGUUUAUUUUUAUUUUCUUUUUUUUCUGAAAACAACUUCUUUAACUAUAUGUUUAAGUCAAGCUUACAGUUAAUUAGUUUAUAUUUUACUCAAAAAUUUUGUCUCUACUUUAUAGAUCUACAUCGACUUAGAUCUCACAGUAACCAGUUCACUCCACUUCCUUUGACUCGAGGCUAUAAACGAAGUAAUAAAUAAAAAAAGGUACCCGGGGGAGGUGGAGAUGGCCUCCAUUUGCUGGUUAAAAAUAAAAUUAUCGUACCAUCCCAUAUCAAAUAGACUAUAGCCUAUCAGUAUCAAAUUGGUAUACACUCUUCAGUACAUUUUACAAUUUUGUACCAAGCUUUAUAUAAAUAUUGCAAUAGAAUGAUAUCCAAUGUACCAUACUGUAUUGGUAUUAAAUCAAUAUGCAUCUUCAGUAUAUUUCAUCAUCUCAUACCGUACCGGUAGGAUUCGAUGCUGAUAAGGAGAAUCUUGAGCUUUUAUUGUUUUAAUUUCUAUUAGAGUGGUCAAUGGGGAUUCACGAAGCUGGAAGGAUAGAAAGGGAUUGAUGAUCUGCCUAACUCGAGUGCAAACUGCACAAAAGAUACGUGCUCCUUCCACACGUAAUACCGGUUAGUUUGUGAGUGCUAAAAGCCCUCACAGACUAGCAGGGUUUUGAACCGCGUAGACCGUGUCCAAGUGCACCAUUUAAGGCCCAAACCCAGCCCAGCCCAGCCCAGCCCAAGCCCAUCUGGAUUCAACUCAACCAUAUUUCGGCCCUCACCCAAAAAGUUUUGAUUUUGAUAGCCCAAUGGCCAGCCCCAGCUCAUUAGGAGCUCCAAGUCCGUGGAGGAAGCACGAAUAAGCGAGGUGGCUGGCCAUAAGGUGGGAGGAGGUGCAACUAAUUCAUGCAUGGUGUUCGUGGAUGCCUCCAUUUAGUUUCCAGGUACAGUAGUUGCAAUAGCCGAAAU